AUUAGUGCUCGUCAUCAUCAUCACAAACACUCUCAAAACCCUUCAAAUUGGCUGGUUAUGGCUUCUUUUGUUAAGCCCUCACUAGCAAUUAUAUCCCUCACCUUCCUCUUGGCCAUUGCUGAAACCUCAUUAGCCCAAAGCAGCCACCAGGACUUUGUCGACGCGCACAAUGCAGCCCGUGCCCAGGUAGGGGUGGCCCCGCUAGCGUGGAACGACACCGUUGCUGCCUAUGCCCAAAGAUAUGCCAACAAGCGGGCCGCCAGUGGCUGCGCCAUGGAGCACUCGAUGGGCCCUUAUGGUGAGAACCUGGCAGAGGGCUAUGGCGAGCUGAGCGGUGAAGAUUCUGUGAAGAUGUGGGUGAGUGAGAGGGCCAACUACGACCAUCGCUCCAAUGCUUGUGUCGGUGGCGAGUGCUUGCAUUACACACAGGUUGUGUGGAGGAGCUCGAUUCAUCUUGGGUGUGCUAGGGUUAAGUGUAGCAAUGGGUGGUGGUUCGUGACUUGUAAUUAUGAUCCCCCGGGGAAUUACGAAGGUGAACGUCCCUAUUAAUUUACUACUAAUGAUCGUACUUUUCAUUUGCAUUUGUGACAUAAAGUUAAUGUGUACUAGAGACAUUUACUAGCUAUAGCUAGCUAGGUGUUCUCCUAGUUGAAGUUGAAUAUUAAUGGAUUAUGCCCCCACUCCAAUGAGAAAAGCAUGUUCCUUCAA